AUGAUUGUAGUAGGCCAUGGCAGAAUGUCACUCUUAACUACUUUAUCUUCUACAAUCCAGGCAACUAGCCAGAGCUCUCAAGCAGGGGCAAGUGCUGGUGCACAGGGGCAUUAUGCCCCUGCGAUUGCUGGGGGAGUUCAACCACGGCCAACAGGUAUGGCACCACAACCUAUCCUGAUUGGAUCGGGGCUGGAUAUGCUGGGAUAUGAUGAUUUAGAUGACGAAGAGAAGAUGAAACUCAAAGCUGAGAGAGCUGCAAGGGCUGGAGGGUGGAGUGUAGAAUCAAGCAAGAAAAGGGCACUUGAAGAAGCCUUCGGAAGCAUUUGGAUAUGA